AUGCUUCCUACCUUCUUCCUGGCCCUCUUCAGCGGCAUCCUGCUCUCCCCGGCCGGAGCCGAAGAACCACCAACCUUCAAAAACUUGGGUUCCCUGCUAUCUCCCGAGACCUCAUUCUUCGGCCUACCCAUCAACUUCGCUGCCGUUGGCGGAACAUGCAGCCCCGGUAAUGUAAGAUGCAACGACGGCUGCAUGCCUAGCGGCAGCAACUGCUGUGCCGUCAGCGGCUAUUGCGAAGCCAACGCCUACUGCUCCGGGAGCGGGUGCUGCCCGCGCGGCAAGGUCUGCUCUGGGCCUCCGACGACAUGCUCAGACAACCAAGAGCGCUGCGGCGCCAACUGCAUGCCUGUGGGAAAGGUGUGUUGCCCGAACAGCAAAUACUGCGAUGCCGGCAAGGUCUGCACUGCGGACGGCUGCACCAGCUCCAGCGCCAGCGGCCCGUGCGGUGCAGGACAGGUCGCCUGUGGCUCCAAAUGUAUGCCUUCCGGCAAGGUAUGCUGCUCGAAUGGAAAAUACUGCGAUGCUGGAGAAACAUGCACCUCGGACGGCCUUUGUUCUAAGACCGGAGUUUGUGGUGUGGGUAAAGCCGUUUGCGGCUCCAAGUGCAUGCCGUCCGGUGCAGUGUGCUGCGGAGACGGGAAGUACUGCGACGCUGGGGACAUAUGCGCGGAAGGUGGCUUGUGCCGCAAGGAUGGUAGCAAUGACCCGUGUGGCGUAGGAAAGACCGCUUGCGGGACGAAAUGCAUGCCUCUCGGCGCAGUAUGCUGCUCCAGCGGGGGAUACUGCGACGCCGGCGAGAAGUGCAAUGGAACUGGUUGCUGUCCGUCCGGCAAGGGGUGGAGGGGCUACCAGUGCCAGAACGACAUCCCAGACUUCGACAACAUCGACCAAACCCCAGACCACGACGGAGGCCCAGGAGACAACGCCGAGCCCACCGCUGCCGCUGACCACAGCUGCAGCCUUGACACCGUCGGCGGGCGGGGACACGCUCGCGCCUACGGAAACGGUGACUGA